AUGAAUCCUUUCAAAAUAUACGCUCGCUCUGUAAACCGGUUAUCUCCAAUAUCGCGUCAGUUUAUUCGUCAAAUGUCUUCUGGCAAAACUCAUAUUAGUAUUCCUUAUUAUACUCCCUUGGGUCCGUAUCAUACUCAUAAUGGUGGGCAAACCUACUUAAUUAAACUUUUAGAUAAUAUUGGACUUGAUAAGAUUGAAUCGAUUAAGUUUGAUGGCCCGGUUUAUUCUCUUUUCCCGGAUUCAGCGUUAAAGGAAACCAUUGAGCUCAUCCAUCGUCGUAAUAUUGAAGUUUCAACUGGGGGUUUACUUGAGCAACUUUGUGUCCUAGGUACUGGAAUUAAAGAUUCAUCCUUGUCAACUAAAAUUUAUUUGAAAAAAUGUAAAGAAGUUGGAUUUGAUUACUUGGAAAUUAAUAAUCUUUUUGAUAAUAUUAUCCUUGAACGCUCGUAUCUAAGUCGAAUCGUUAAUAACGCCAACUCGAUUGGAUUGAAGCUUAAAGCAAAGAUUUGUAUUUUCAAAGCAAAUAUGGGAAUUCCAGGAAUUCAAAUCUUUAAGACAGCUAAUAAAGUUGCUCGAUGUUUAAAUUAUUCUGACGAUGAGAGCUCCGACGAUUCUGAUUCUGACAACUACAAUGGCACCGUAGAUGACGUCAUGAAAAAGAUUCAUGAUCAAUACGACUUUCUUACAACUCUAAUUAAAGGUUCCAAUAUCUUAAUCGCAAGCGAUGGCAUUUUCCAAAACAUACCAUUGAUAGGACAUAAAAAAGAACAGUGGUUUGCUAAUAUUUUGGACAGGAUGACAUCCGAUCAGAAAUUUGAGAACGUAACAUACGAAGCUCCUAAUCCGGAAAUUUUUACUUUUCUGUUAGAUCGAUAUAGUUCUAAUAUCAACUUACUUGUUGAUUAUUCGCAUGCUUAUCAUGUGUCUCGUCUGAGGAAAGAUUGUUCGGAGAUUUCGAAGUUAAUAGCACAAGAUGUUAUGCAAAACCAGAAACAUAUAAUUGAAAUUGUCUGUGCUUUAGUACUAUUAUCAUUAUAG